AUGGAUUCACGAAAGGAGGACCUGGGCCUCCCUGGCCCAUGGGUCCCAUGGUACUUCGGGUUGUUGGGGCUCUGCACCGUGAUAACUGGUGGCUGCAUGCUCUUACUCCACUGGAGGAAGAACCUGCGGAGGAGACAGCGUGCCCAGCAGUGGGUGGAGGUGAUGAAAGCUGCCACCUUCAGUUAUAGUCCACUGCUCUACUGGGUCAACAAACGAUGCAGAUAUGGCAUGACGGCGGCCAUCAGAAUAGACCCUCCCCGGGCUGUUGCCUAUACUGAUAUUCAACUCGAAAUUCCGGAUCUUCCAUCAGAGCCGCACCCCCGUGAAGACAGGCGUCAUGCCUUCAGAGGCAGCAGCCCCGAGGCAGAAGACCCUGUUCCCCUCCAACCUGCUCUGGUGGUCCCACAGCAGCCCUCACCUAAGGGGAUGCCAGAGCUCCAGACCCCAUCGCCCUUCCCGAUUGUCUUUCCAGAUAUCCCCUCUGCCCCUCUCCUCAGCACCCUGAACUUUCCUCACAUGCUGUCCCACUGGGCCUCCUACCCCUUUCUCAAGGCUCCUGAAAGGCAAGUCCACUUCUAUUCCCUUUCCGCACUGGCCCAAGGGGUGAACUGACCCAAUGUAUAGGCUUUUACUUCAGGGUUGAAGCCUACUGUCACUGAAAGUGAGAGCUUCAGGGGCCAGGUAUUAGAAAAAGGAGUCAAAGUCAAGCCUGUGAUCCUGAUACACAGGUCAUAA